AUGGGGGAGAAGAUGCAAGGCAAAAGGCUUUUGGUCGUGGCUUUCUCCUCUUGGUGGAUUUCAGAGGCAGGUGACCCUCCCCAAGCUGCUGCCUGGAUUGGCCAGUGUAUCCUCUACUUGCUGAUAAUGGUUUUUGAGAAGACUGUGAUUAGCCUUGUCCUGCUUAUCCCUGGUUGGACAAAGCUUCAGCAGAUCCUCCUGGGUUACAUCCCAAACCCCCAGCUGGAGCUCGUCCUGGUCAUGCUUGUUGUGCCUUUUAUAGUCAAUGCCAUUAUGUUCUGGGUUGUGGACAGCUUGAUCAUGAGGAAAUACAAGCAGAAGGACACCCUGGACAUCAAUGGAUCCAUAGAAACUCCUCGGGCUAGGAGGACUGAGGAAUCUCAGGUGUUACUCUCUCCAGACAUGGAUUUUGAUCAGUCUGAAAGCGAACAGGAUAUUUCAGGACUCCAGGGAACGAACCAGAAGAUGAAGCAGCCCAGCUAUCAAGUGGUCAUCUGA